AUGGCCAGCAAGGAAGCCGGGCAGGCAUUUGCGCCGGUCCUGGCGGCUGUCGCGACAAUGCAGGGGAAUGUGUCUAGGGCUGAGAAGACCCAGGCUCAUGAAUUCCUAGAGAAGUUCCAGAAAUCGAUCGAGGCUUGGACAACCACCCAUGCCCUUUUACAGUCACCCGACGCACCAGUGGAAGCCAAGUUGUUCGCCGCAACUACACUGAAGGGAAAGAUUAUCUUUGAUCUCGAUCAACUUCCCCCGAUUCGUCUGGCGAUCCAGAUGACCGCGUGGAAGGACGUGCUUGCGACUGUCGGUGCAGCCUUGGGGAACAACGCCGGAGACUGUGUACUUGAGUUCUUGAAGAUCUUGCCCGAGGAGGUCACUGAGGGGCGCAAGAUUAACCUCAGCGAAGAUGAACUUCUUGAGCGAACUAUGGAACUCCUUGAAGGCAAUGCUGAACAAGUCCUCCAACUGUUGAUUCAGUACUCGCAGUCGUCGCCUGCCGCCGCCACUAACCCUCGUCUUAUCGACUGUAUCACUUCAUGGCUCCGUGAAAUCCCAGCCGCUAGGGUCGUUGAAUCACCCCUCAUGGAUGUAAUCAUCAAAGCGUUGGACGACGAUAACUCCUUCGAUGCCGCCGUUGACUGUAUCUGCACCCUCUACCGUGAUACCAAGGAUGUGGACGAGUCUCCAACCACAAUUCAAGCGCUCUACCCGCGUCUCAUUGCUCUUCGCCCUAAGAUUGCCGAAACCGCCGAGGCCGAAGACCUGGAGGCUUUCAAGGGCAUCACCAGAAUAUUUGCUGAGGCCGGUGAAGCCUGGGUUGUUCUUAUUGCACGUUUGCCAGGUGAUUUCCGGGGUCUUGUCGAGGCUCUACUUGAAUGCUGUGCGCGCGACUGGGAGCGUGAUGCAGUGUCCUUGACCUUCAUUUUCUGGUAUGAGCUCAAGCAAUACAUCACCCUGGAUCGGUACACCGAUGCACGCGUCAACCUUCUACCUAUCUUCUCCCAGCUAGUGGACAUCAUGGUCAAGCACCUUGAGUUCCCGACUCCUGAAGAAGGCGAGACGGAUCUUUUCGCUGGAGAUCGGGAACAGGAGGAAAAAUUCCGCCAGUUCCGCCACGCCAUGGGUGACGUCCUCAAGGAUUGCUGCUCUGUCGUGGGUGUGAACGAUUGUCUCGGCAAGGUUUACCAGUUGAUUCAGCAGUGGGUUGCCAAAUAUGCCUCACAGGCGAGCAAUGAACAUGUUCCCCACUGGCAAGAGCUUGAGGCUCCUCUGUUCGGUCUUCGAGCUAUGGGUCGCAUGGUCGAUCCUGAGGAAAGCACCAUUCUUGGCCAGUUGAUUCCCCUCAUUGUGCAGAUCCCGGAUCAGGAGAAAGUACGAUUCCAGGCGAUCAUGGCACUGGCCCGCUACACUGAGUGGACAGCUCUCCACCCUGAGACCCUGGAAGCGCAGCUCAACUAUGUGAUUUCCGGAUUCCAUCACUCUUCCCCGGAAGUCGUCCAAGCCUCCGCUCUUGCCUUCAAGUUCUUGGGCACCGACUGUCAAAAGCUGCUGGGUGGCCACAUCGCCCAACUUCAUACCUUCUUUGAAUCUGUUCUCGAUAAACUGAAGCCUGCUAGUCAGGAAGAGGUUACUGAGGGUGUCGCGGCCGUAGUUUCGGUUCAGCCUCAUGAGAAGAUUUAUGAAUCUUACAAGAUGUUCUGUGACCCUAUUAUGGCCCGAAUCAUGAACUUGGCGAACAGUGCACAGAAUGAAGAGGGCCAGCGAGCUGUGGCCGAUCACUUGCAGCUGAUUACCACAUUUGUGCAGGUGGUGACCCCCAUCGUUGCACCCGGAGAAGAAAACCCCGCCGUGAAAUACUGCGGUGAAAUCAUUCCCAUUAUGACCACGAUUGUCAUGAACUUUACGUCUUCCACGCCAAUUCUAGAGAGAGUUUGCCGAUGCUGGCGCUACAUGAUUAUUUCUUACCGCACUGGCAUGAUCCCCCUGCUGCCAGCUCUGGCUGAGAGUAUCGCCAACGGCUUCCAGGCGUCGCGUGAGGGCUGUUUCCUGUGGGCUACAGAUGCUGUGGUUCGCGAGUUCUCUGACGGCGCCGAAUAUGUCGACCAAGCCACCAGUGAUGCUGUCUUCCAGUUCUACGAACAGCAGGCCAUCGCUUUCCUGCGCAUCCUCAAUGAUUUACCUCCUGAUAGUCUGCCUGAUGUGAUCGAAGAUUUCUUCCGCCUGUCCUCCGAUGCCGUUCGAUACUACCCCAAGAAGUGCAUCAGCUCGUCCCUCGCCAUUCCUAUCUUCUCCGCUGCCCUCAGCGCUCUCACUCUUCAACAGGUUGAUCCUCUCAUCGCCACUCUCCACUACUACCGCGACCUCUUCGGCUUUGCAUUCGAUAAGCCAAUGGUGUCUGAAUUUACCAGCCCUGAAGGGCAGCCUUACGUUACCCCGCCUGAGGUUCGCGAGGCUGUGAAGGCUUUGAUUGUUUCACAAGGCCAACCCUUAGCGCAGCGCGUCCUCACUGGCAUGAUGUUUACCUUCCCUGGUGACUGUUUCCCCGAUGCAUCCGGCAUUGUGAUGACGAUGUUCCAGCUCUUCCCCCAGGAAACUGGCGUGUGGCUGCAGAGCACCCUUCAGAUGCUUCCAGCGGGUUCAAUGAAGCCAGGCGAGGCCGAGCGAUUGCUCAAGAACGUUUCCGACAAAGUACAGUCAGGUGAAACUCGCAAAAUCCGUGUGCUGCUUCAAGACUUCACCAACUCGUACCGUCGCCGCAAUGUAGCACCCCGGGACGGGCUCGGUCGACUCGAGGCCACGCGGUUCCGAUUCAGCGGCUGA